UAGCUAGGCAGCUUAUUAACAUUUUUCAGUGCUAGGUUACUGCAAAAAUGAUUUUUAUUCAGACUGGACAGUGAUAACUAAUAGUUACGGCGAUAACUACAAAGCAGAGCCACCAACAAUUUCAGAGACUUUUCUCCAUGCUGCGUUCCUCUUAUCAGUGUUUCUAUAGGAGAUUUUAUUAUGUUGGGAAACCCGAUACGGCAAUUAUGAGUUAGGUCCUCCAUUGUGGAACGACUACAUCGGUUUUGCCGCGAAACGAAAUUGAAGAAGAAAAAACCGGAAACCGUACUACUAUGUGGACUUGCACUAAAAAAAAAAAAAUAGAUCUUUCCUUCUAACGUUAGACAUUUAAAAUGAAAUAACUAAUCAAAAAAUGAAGGGCGACACAUUCAUUAGAAGGACAAUAUCAGUCAUGAGAAGCAGAAGUGUUAUAAAGUGCAAUUCCCCUUUAAUAGCAUGUACAUUGACCUUGAGUGCUCAGAAAGGCACCUCAUAAAUAAAACGUAUUAUUAUUAUUAUUAUUAUUAUUAUUAUUAUUAUUAUUAUUCACUGAAUCUAUCAAACCCAGGUGGAGGUUUGAGGGGAUUACAUGCUCACUGCACAUGAGUGAUCCAGUGGAGGAUGACCACAAUGACUGGGAGAGAGGAUCUCAAGGGUAUGAUCGGCUCUUUCAGUUGAGACCCCUCCUGGAUGAAAUUGUCACAGGGUGCAAGCCAUGGCCGUCAGCGAGCGCAUGGUAGCCACAAAAAGCUGCAUCAGGCUGAAGCAGUACUUGACAGAUGCAGUAUACCGGGUACCACAUCUAUGCUGACCAUUUCUACACCAGCGCCACUCUUUUUCGCCACCUCCACCAGCUGCGCUAUGGCGCCAGUGGGGAAAUUCAUCCAAACCGCCUGGGGUUUCCAUUAGGGAUGUGACGGGCAAUGUGAUGAGGAGUCAUCUCAGGUCUUUGCCUGCUUGCAGUGCCCAUUUGUUCACAUGGAAGAAGCGUCCCUGAACUGGCACAUUGAGAAGGUUCACCCAGAGGAGUACAGCAGGAUUCUGAGCUCUGGAAGAACUAGAGCAGAGAACAUGCUGCCUCCCAGGAGUAGCACCUAUCAGCAACCCACAGCCCCCAAGACAACCCCCACCCCAAAACCUUCCCACACAGGCACUACAGGGGCUCAUACAUGCUUCAUGUGUGGGAAGAGUUUCAAGUAUGCAUCCAAUCUGAUAACACACCAGCGAAUUCACACAGGGGAGUGUCCAUACCCCUGCUCCCAAUGUGGAAAGAGUUUCACUUCUGCAUCAGAUCUGAAAAAACAUGAAAGAAUUCAUACAGGUGAGCGCCCAUACCCCUGCUCCCGGUGUGGGAAAAGUUUCACAUCUGCAUCAGAUUUGAAAAAACAUGAGCGAAUUCAUACAGGGGAGCGCCCAUAUACUUGCUCCCACUGUGGAAAGAGUUUCACAUCAGCAUCAGAUCUGAAAACGCAUCAGCGAAUUCACACGGGUGAACGCCCAUACCCAUGCUCCCAGUGUGGAAAUAGUUUCAUUUCUGCAUCAGUUUUGAAAAAACAUCAGCGUGCACAUUCAGGGGAACGUCCAUACCACUGCUCCUAUUGUGGGAAGACAUUUGUAACUGCGUCGCACCUGACAAUACACCAACGAAUUCAUACAGGGGAGCGCCCAUUCCCCUGCUCUCAGUGUGGGAAGAGUUUCAGAUGUGCAUCAAACUUGAGAAAGCACCAGCGAACUCAUACAGGGGAGCACUCCUUGAACUGCCCAGUGUGUGGGAAGAGUUUCAUUUAUCAAUCAGAUCUGACAAAACACCUGCCAACACAUACAGGGGAGCGUCAAUACCACUGCUCCCAGUGUGGCAAGAGUUUUGUAUAUCAGUCAGACUUGACAGUGCACAAGCGACUGCAUACAGGGGAGUCCCCAUACCAGUGCUCCCAAUGUGGAAAGCGUUUCAGAUGUGCAUCAAACCUGACAACACAUCAGCGAACACAUACAGGGGAGCGCCCAUACCAGUGUUCCCAGUGUGGGAAGUGCUUUGGUCAAAUAGGUAAUUUAAGAAAACAUCAACAAACUCAUAUAGAGGAGCGCCCAUACCACUGCUCAAAAUGUGGGAAAGAUUUUGUUUCUGCGUCAAAACUAACAGCGCAUGAACGAUUUCAUACAGGGGAGCGUCCACACCAAUGUUCCCAAUGUGGGAAAGGGUUCAUGUAUCAAUCAGAGCUGACAAAACACCAGCGGAUACAUACUGGGGAGCGUCCAUUCCAUUGCUCCCUAUGCGGGAAGAGUUUUGGUCAGUCAAACACUCUGAGAGUACACAUGCGAAUUCACAAAGAGUAGGGACCAUUCAAGUUGCAAAAUAUUAUGAUUGGGUGUUCCAUUUUAAAAAACUUUUUUAUUGCUUUGUUUUGAUAUUCUUAUGGAUCUGGAUUCCUGGCCACAUUUGGUGCUGGAUUCAGUCCUCCUUACUUUUCCCUCAUGGUUUUCUUCAGGGCUGGAAUUUCAGAUUAGGAUUUCAGGAAAUUGUACAUACUGUUUUGAACAAUCCUGCUCAUCAUUUAAAGUGAGAAAAUCCUGCUGUUUAUUCAGGCUGCAAAAUACUGCAGUUUUGUUUCAGAAUUGGUCUCCAUUAAAAAUGAAAAACUUCAGUUCU